GUAGGGAUGAGAUCCCGAAACCAAGGUGGAGAAAGCUCGUCUAACGGGCACUUCUCCAGUUCCAGGCCUGUCAUCAGCCAUGCAGAGAAUGAAAAACUUCAGGAGGACGCCAAGAAAAAGAACAAACCUCAUCGGAAGGAAGAUGAGGUCAUGGUUUCAGCAACUGUCAAGCGGCACUCAAAAUCACCUGGACCUACUGAGCGAAAGAACAAGAAGUCCAUAGAUUUUUCUAAAGAGGACUUGAUAAAACUGCUCAGUAUAAUGGAAGGAGAACUUCAGGCAAGGGAGGAUGUGAUCCACAUGCUGAAGACAGAGAAAACCAAACCUGAAGUUUUAGAAGCUCAUUAUGGCUCUGCAGCCCCAGAGAACGUGCUCCGAGUGCUACACAGGGAUGCCAUCCUCGCCCAGGAAAAGUCCAUAGGGGAAGACGUCUACGAGAAACCAAUUUCAGAGGUAAUAACUCCUUGAUUUACAUCAUUACAUCUGUGCAGGGGGAAUCAAGACCAGAAGUAAAACUCCACGUACUUUGCCUAUGUGCAAAGCAUGCAAGAGGAUAACACAACAUCUGUACAAAUGACAAGAAGUUGAAGAAAAAUGGAAUAUUCUUGUUCCCUCAACCACAGAAUAACUUGUAAGCAAGAUCACUGGGUU